AUGAGUGACUACUCCUUGAAACACUCAGUUACCCAGUAUUUGGAAGAAAUUCCCCAGCAAGUGCAAAAUAGACUAUACACUUCACCAGCUACAUGUUUGGCCAUCUAUAGAAUUUUACCACCUUUAGCCAAAUUUUUUAUCAUGGCAAUGGUUUUUAAUGAAAACGAAGUCCCUCUAUUAGAUCUAGAUAAAUGGGUUAACUCAAAUGGUAAAUUGCAGUUUCAAGAUGCAAUCAAAUCAAUGAAGUCUUUGCAUCUUCUCAUACCAAACAAGUCUUCUGGUACUUUGAUGAUCAACCUAAAUCCAACUUUCAAAAUCAGUCUGAGAAACGCGUUGACAGGCGGAGAGGUUCAGAAUUCGUUUGGUAUCGUUGUAGAAGAUAAUGUGGUUAGUUUGAACCUAUUGGACGAAUAUUCAGCCAAUAAAUGGGAAACUAUAUUACAUUUCAUGGUUGGUACUCCUCUAGCUAAAAUUCCAUCCGAAAAAGUUUUGAAUCUUCUGAAGCACAGUAAACUUAUGGAAGAAAUAAACUCCACCGGUGAAUUCAAAAUCACUAAUGAAGGUUUUCAAUUUCUUUUACAAGAAAUUAACUCCCAGUUAUGGUCUUUACUACUACAGUAUUUAAAAGUGAUUGAAACGUCCAAAAUGGAUUUAGUCGACGUGUUACAUUUCAUUUUCAUGUUAGGUGCAUUAGAAGUCGGUAAGGCGUACAAAAUCGAUGCAUUAAGUGAAACGCAGAGGAUUAUGUUACAAGAUAUGAGAGAUUAUGGACUAGUUUUCCAGAAACAUUCAAACGAUACCAUUUUUUAUCCAACUAAAUUAGCUUUAAUGCUAACUUCCGAUACAAAAACGAUUAGAUCGGCCUCCAAUGCGAUGGAUAGUGUAUUAAGACAGAACAGGGAGGAACCCUCAGUGAAUGAGGACGGCAACAAUGGUAAGCCUACAGGAGAUAUCAAUAUACCCGAUGAUUUAAACAAAGUUGAUUCGAAAAGUCAGGAUAUACCUGAUGGUUCAUUAAUUGUAGAAACAAAUUUCAAGAUUUAUUCAUAUUCCAAUUCUCCGUUACAAAUUGCCGUUUUGUCUCUUUUCGUUCAUUUGAAGGCAAGGUUUGUUAAUAUGGUUUUGGGCCAGAUAACAAGGGAAUCUAUUAGAAGAGCACUGACCAACGGUAUCACUGCGGAACAAAUCAUUGCAUAUUUAGAAACACAUGCUCAUCCUCAAAUGAGGAGGUUGGCUGAGGAAAAGUUGGAGAAAAAACUAGAGCUAGACGCCAACUGUAAAGAGCCAUUACAAAUCCUACCUCCAACGGUAGUAGAUCAAAUCAGAUUAUGGCAACUAGAGCUAGAUAGAGUUAUGACAUACGAUGGCUCUUUGUACUCCGAUUUUGAAACCACUCAAGAGUACAGUAUGCUGAAUAAAUAUGCUCAAGAUAUUGGUGUGUUAUUAUGGAAAGACGACAAAAAGAGGAAAUUCUUCAUUUCAAAGGAAGGUAAUUCACAAGUACUCGAUUUCGCCAAAAGAAAGUUAAAAAAGAAACAGUAG